AUGAACAUCGAUUCAUUCGAACAGCUUAAAACCCGAAACGGACGUUUACGAUUAAAAAGGUGUGGAUCAAUGCCGGCUUUGACAAUCUUCGUCGUUUGCGCGCCGACAUCAAACUAUGACGAAGAAGAAGUCGAACCGUUCUAUAUGGACUUAGAGAAGUUCAACAGAGAAGACCACAUAUUCUUUAAGGUCAUCAUUGAAGAUGUCAACGUCAAGAUUGGACCAAGAAGAGCGUCUGAAGAACCUCACAUUGGCACCCAUGGAUUAGAAUGGAACGAACAGGGUGAGCGGCUUUCUGAGUUUAUCAUGGCGGCCAAUACAAUCCAUGGUAACUCGCAAUUCCAGAAGCCCCACCUUCAAGGUUGGAAGUGGGAGUCUCCCAAUGGAGAGUACCAUAACGAAAUAGACCACAUCAUAGUAAAUAGAAGGUUUUGCCUAACCGAUGUCGCUGUUUUUCCAAAAUUUCACACGGGAUCAGACCAUUGUCUCCUUCGUGCAAGAUUCUAUUUCUCGCGAAAAGAAGAAAAAGCCGCUAAAUUCCAAACCCGAAGUUCCAGAACCACCGCAAACUGGGACGUAUUCAAUUCAUUAGUCGGCUGUUGGGAAGAUGCCGUUGUCGAUAACAUCGACGAAGAUUACGAUCGGCUCAUUCAACAUCUUCACUUUAGCGCUAUGAAAGCUGAGAGUUCGAAGGUCACCCAGAGACGUUUCUCUCCAGAAACACUCGAGCUGAUACGCCAGCGUGGAAUUGUACGAGCUGCAGGCAACCGGGAAGUAGCGUCCGAACUUCAAAAACAGUGCAAACAGGCGAUAAAAGAAGAUCUUAAAGAGAGAAGAACAGCAGUUCGCCAAUUACAAGAUCAAAACGAUUGCACUCCGGCACCCAGACGGAACAGUUACAGCGUCCAGAAAGGCAAUGGAAAAAAUCAUUCACGAAUACUACUCAGAUCCCGCCGAUGGCCACGUCCGCCUUUCGUUAUAUGA